AUGAAUACUUACAUAGGUGUUACUUCAACUCUCUCCACAUCGUCUUCAUCAGUUAUGAUCAAUUUGAAUUCAUCCGAGAUUUUAAUCAUAUCAGCAUGUGCUAAUCAAUAUUGGACUGGUAUUUAUUGUAACAUUUCUAAUCGACCUUGUGACACAGUCAAUCCAUGUCAAAAUAAUGGCAGUUGCUUAAACAGCAAUACUACUAUUAAUGAAUAUUUUUGUCAAUGUCCAGAAGGGUUUGACGGUUCAGAAUGUCAAAAUGAUCGACGACUAUGCAAGCCAAACAUAUGCUUAAACAAUGGUCAAUGUAAUGAGACAUCCAACGAAACAUUCGAAUGUUUAUGCCUAUACGGUUGGACGAAUGUUCAUUGUGAAAAUAAGAUUAACUAUUGCACGAAUAACACGUGUGAGAAUGGUGGCGUUUGUCGACCGUUAUUUCUAAACUAUACAUGUGAAUGUCUUGGAACAAGUUAUUCAGGUCGUUAUUGCGAAGUCGUCGACGGAAAAAUGGUUCUCCGUCAGAUGGCUGCCAGAUCGCUCGGUUACGUUGCCAUCAUAUUUCUAAUUGGUGCAGUGAUGUUUUUCAUUAUCAUGGACAUUUUGAAAUAUCUUCUUGGAAUUGAUGUAACAAAAAAUGAAUUGAUCGAAGCGAAGAAAACAAAUGAAACUAAACGUAGAGCACCUCGCCGGAAGCCUCGAGUGUUCCAAAAAUUUGAAUAUGUUAAUCCCAUAGCAGUUCUGGAAGAAUAA